AUGCUUCGUUUUGUGAUCCUUGCUCUGGUUUCGUUUGCCGUCAUCAUUAGUUGUAUGGGACAGACUUUUCAAUAUUCUCGAGGUUGGACAAACGGUAAAAGAUCAUCAUCUCAUCUCCACGAAGAUCCAGCAAUAGCUGAAAUAUUCGAAGUUCCAACAGAGUCCGAAAGGCGGUUAGAAAGAUGCAUUUUUCAACUACAACAUUUUAUGCAUAAUCCAUACUCAAUGCGACCAUCACCAUAUGCCAUCAAUCUAUUUACGAGUGGCAACAGUGGUAAUAUCCGCCAUCAAUCAAGUGAAAUGUUUGAAGAUUCAGCUUCAGAGCCUGCUGAGUUCUCAACAAAACAUAAUUGA